AUGGCCGACGUUGCGGGUUCCGGGGCAGUACAAGAGCCGUUUGAUCUUAUCAGACUAUCUUUGAGCGAGAGAGUCUAUGUAAAACUAAGGGGUGAUAGGGAGCUCACUGGGGUCUUGCACGCGUACGAUGGUCAUAUGAACUUGAUUAUGAGUGAUGUGGAGGAGUCUAUAAUGAUCGUAGAGAAUCCUGAAAACCCGGAAAACCCUAAUGUAAAGGUGGCAAAAAGGAACGUAGAAAUGCUUUUUGUCCGAGGAGAUGGCGUUAUUUUGGUAUCCCCAGGUUCACGAUAA